AUGUCUAUCUCGAAGCUUGUAACCUAUCGCGUCUUCGGACCAUUCUUGUUCAGCUUGGGCCGUCGGUACGACAAGGCUGAUUCCUUGUUCUUGUCCAUGAGCAACCACAUUCGCGACAAGAGCACGCGUAAAGAAGCCAUUUGGCGCCAGCAGACGCUCCUCGCAGCAUUUACAAGUAGCGGUGCCAAGCAACGCAUCAACACAGCUGCUGGUACCGUGGUCGAGGAAAUUGUCAAUGCCAUCAAGCACUUCGCCGAUCCAAGAGAAGAGGAGGGUAUCAAGAUUGCAGUGAAACGCAUCGUCAAGCUCGCCGCUGAAACCUGGCGCUUCGCCCGUCUCGAGCGAGAAAUGAUCUCUGCCACGAUGCCUGCCAUACAUGACGAAGAUCACGAUUUCACGAGGCCCAAAUUUUGGCCUUCGCACAGGCCUGAGGGUAGUCCCAUCGCAUCGCUUGUCGGCACCGAGAAGCCGUCUGAUGAACAGCCGCAGAUGUUGUUGCGACUGUUUCCCGUCAUCUACCGCGAGCCCAAGCACGAGAACUUCCGCGAUGAAGUCGAGAACGAAAACCCCGACGAAGGGUGCAUCUACCAUUACGGUCUCGCCUUGUACGAUGACGCAGAGACGGUUGUGCAGAGGAAGGAGGAGCUUCAAGCAGCAGGUUUGCCACCUACCACCAACGCUGCUUCUCCGACUGCUGCUGACUUUCCACCGCCUCUGUUGCCCGCUCCUAGGACCUCACUGCCGCCUACUCCAACUGUAGAGAAAGCAUCGAUUCGAUCGAAAUCGCCGCCGCCUUUACCUGAGUCGAGCAAAGACACAACCUAUACUCGUCCUCCACCUGAACCGACGAAAGACGCAGCUUCAACCCGCCCAGCGUCAACCGUUUCCAUAAAUUCGGGAAAAGACGCAAGCUACGCUCGCCCUCCACCUAAACCCACGCGAGACGUAGCUUCAACCCGCCCAGCCUCACCUGCUUCGAUCAAAUCGGGCAAAACUUCCGUCCGUUCCAGAACACCACCCCCUGUUCCUCCGAAACGAACUUCUAUCCGCUCGAAAUCAUCCUUGUCCGUUAAUACGGUUAAGUCAUCUGCACGAUCAUCAGCGCCCCCCUCCGCCACCAACUCGUGUACCACCGCCUCCCCAACGAACCCAUCCGAAGCCCCUCCUCUCCAAAAGCUGCACCAUCUGAACUUUCUCAUACAUCAUACAAACGUCCACCUCCCGGCCCCAUCGACUUCGAGACACCCCACGAUGCGCCUCCUCUCCCAGCACCCACGGAGAGCAUCCUCGGCGCACCUCCAGCCUCUAUGGCUGUUCUAG